UCCGCAAACGACGUCGUCGAGGGCCACCUGCAUUUUCUCCAUCUCCGGCGAACCGUGCUGUAUGGUGGGAUAUCAUCGGAUUCACUAAUUUCGGGGAAUCGGGAUGCUCACGCCGAUUUCCGACUAUGUCCUCUCACGAGCAAGCCCUAGUAUCCCUUUUUUCCCAGCUAGCCUUGUCCUUCGACGGCGCCAUUUUGGGUCUCGCCUUGGCCUAUGCCGCUGUUCGGUCCGUCCUCAAACUUACUGCUAACUCCGCCGCGCUCGACAAGCUCAGCGUCGCCCCUACUGUCUCCGUUUCUGACCUCCGGUCACUUCUGGACAGUUCCGACGCUGACGGCGAUUCCCAAGGUUGCGACAAACUCGUUAUUGUCCGUGGCACUGUCGAGGCCAAGUCUGCCGUUGAGAGCGGCUGGAAAAGCUUAAGAUCUAGUGUGUUAGUUUCUCGCGAGUCUGGCGAUAACGCUGUGGUUAUUCAGAGAACUCAAACGUGUAUAUAUACUGAAUGGAAGGGCUUCUUCGGUUGGACUUCUGAUCUCCGAGCCUUAUUUGCUCGAAAUUUGAGGCAGCAAGAAUCUACAUCUUUAAGAACGGUUCCCUUUGUUCUCGUUGAUGGUGGACGGCGACCUCAUGGUGAUUAUGUUGUUGUCAAUUUGGAAGGCUCAAGGCAUCCCUUACCUCUUACUACAGUUUAUCAUAAAUUGCAACCGAUAAAUGCUUCUCCUUACACAUUCUUACAGGCACUUUUUGGACAUGAGUAUCCAGUUGGGCUGCUGGAUGAAGAGAAAAUUCUGCCUUUGGGAAAGGAUAUCAGCGCUGUUGGCAUGUGCUAUUUUAGAAAUGGAAUUGCUGAAAUUAAGUCAUGCAAAGAGCUGCCAUAUUUUCUGUCUGAAAUGAGCAAAGAUCAGAUGAUUGUGGAGCUUAAAUUUAAAACAAAGGUACUUUUUUGGAGUGGUAUCAUUCUGGGUUCACUGUCAGUGGGCAUUCUUGGUUAUGCUUUCGUGAGAAACUGGAACAGAUGGAAACAAUGGAGGCACCAGAGGCAGGCUCAGCAGCAAGGGCAAACCAACUAUGAUAAUGCUGAAUUUGAGAUUUUAGACAAUGAGAUGGAAGAGGUUCCGGAUGGACAGUUAUGCGUUAUAUGCCUGAUGAGGAGAAGGCGUUCUGUGUUUAUUCCCUGUGGGCAUCUUGUGUGUUGCCAAGGGUGUGCCAUAUCAGUUGAGCGCGAAGUGGCACCUAAGUGUCCUGUUUGUAGGCAGGAAAUUCGCAAUUCAGUGCGGAUAUUUGAAUCAUGAGCAGACAGUAGCUACUACUUGGUUACCUGCAUCGAGCCUGGCAUGCCUGCUGAAACACAUCUAUCUUGGUUAGCAGAAGGGUCGCAUUUUCCUUUUCUGUUUAGAUGAUCUAGAUUAUGCCGAAUCCUUCCUUGCCUCAUUGGUCCUGUGAAUUCCAGUGAAUGAUUUGUAUAUUCUUAAUAUCACUUUGAUAGAUUGGUUUUAGCCGGCCCUCCUUUCUGGGAAAGUUCUGUGUUGAUAACUAAAUAUGUUUUGAAACCGUUAGGUAUAGUGUUGGCACCGUUUACGGUGUAUAUAGAGAACUCUAU